UUUUUAUUAUCAAUCUUAAUAUUAGUUUACGAGUAAAAGUAGGUACGUAUUUAUAAUAUCGCAAUACCCCAAUCAAUUAUUAUUAAUCAGUCGGUCAAUUUUCAGAAGGUUAAACAAACAGUUCAAGAACGACGUUUUGCCAUUCUCCAUGCCCAAAAAAGAAAAAACAAAAACAAAACCUAGAUAUCAAAACGUCUAUUUUGAUUACAAGUUGCAAGCGCGCGCUUUCAUUUUACACAUAUGAUGACGCGAAAAAGUAGGUGCAAAAACCGUAAGCCCCGGCGACUACUGCUUUUAGAGGAAGAGUGUUUCUGUUUGUCUAUCUUACUCGGCCUAGAAGCUUUAAUACAAGAUAAACAUAAUUUGGAACAUAAAUGUUUUUGUUUAAACUUAAUCAAAGUUAAUCCAAGUGAAAGCUGUUGAACUUGGUACCGUUUAACUCUUCAUUGAAAUUUAAAAAUAGUCGGGUGCAUCAGUGUGUCGGAUAAGGUGGUCGAAAUCAAGGUCAAUUACAAUGCAAAUGAAGACAUUUUCGCGGUUUCUAAAUAUUUAGUUUUCCUAAAAAAAAAAAAUUCACAUCAAUAAAACCCAAGAAUGUCUUAUGGUAGUAUGAGAUGGUUUCUGGCAGAGUUUCGGUAAUUUUCUUGUGCUGUUUUUUGAUUGGCGAUGUUUGCGGUGAUUGGAGCGAUAUUGAGAAAGUUGAAGCCUUGAUACGACAAUGGGCCCCUUUAGUUUGGUUAUCUCCAGAAGAAAAAUAUAUGCCGCUCAACAUAGAAGAAUUUUUAGAGAAUACAAACAUAGCUGAUGAACAAGGCAGCAUUUUGACGCAAAGUAAACAUUCAGUACGAUUUUUUCAGUACAAUUUGAAAAAUUUCUUUCUCGUUCCAAAUCGACCCUUAGAAAGACUCAAAUCUAAUCGAACAUCAUUUAUUUACGGCAAAAAUCCUAAAAUCUACCCUAAAGUUCCUAUUUAUGCCGUGAUGACUUAUUGCAACUCGCCUAGUUAUCGUGAUACUGGCAACAACAUUUUUGGAAGAACUGAUUGGCUACCUUCGUUUCACGUUACUUAUUGGAUGUUUUAUCCAUUCAACGAAGGUAAAGAUGCUUGUUUUUUAGGUAAAGUUCCAGCACCUCUAAUAUUUAGCAAAUGCUUGGGGCAUUAUCGCAAACUAGGCAAUCAUAUCGGAGAUUGGGAACAUAUGAGCUUAUCGUUUUCUGGAAAUUCUUAUCCAGAUCAAUUGUUCCUGUCAGUUCACGAUGCUGGAGCUUAUUACACCUAUGAUAAACCGACUAACAUUUUCAAAUUCGAUUCCAAGAUGCCUCGAAAAGGUGUGGCGCAAGUUCCUAAAUUUCCUGAAUUUAUCAGAUUACAAGGUGGUCAUCCAGUAUUAUUCGCAGCAGAAGGUUCGCACGGACUUUGGUCGACACCGGGUGACCACGAAUUUAUCCGAGUUCCGAAAAUCACUGACAAAACUGGCUAUGGAACGCCGUGGAAAACUUGGGCCUCCAUUAAAUUUUACCAUAUCGGCCGUACUGAAAUACCUCCUUGGAUGAGUUUCAAGGGAAAAUGGGGAAAUCCCAAAACUAAAUGUAUUUUGUUCAAGAAAUUCGGCUUGUGCGAGUACACCGAAGGACCUAGGGGACUGUUGAGAGAGAAUCAAGAUUUUUAUUGUUAGUCAAAAAAAAAAAAUGUAUAGUUAGGUUUCGAGUUAGGUUUGUUCUUCAGUUAUAAGUAAUUAAUUUGCGUAGUAUGUAGGCAUAGGUGUAUGAAAUGUAAAUAAAACUAUAAUAUAGAGAAUCUCC